GUCACACAGACACAGACACGGGUGGCCACAGGAGGCGGCCCCUGCCCCAGGAAGGACCAGUUGGUCAGGGCCGGGCGGACAGCAGAGUCGGCCAGACAGUGGCUCCUGGAAGACUGCAGAGAGGAGCCGGCUGGCGCUGUUCCUGCUUGUCCCGGCACCAUGCUGCUGGAGGGAGGGCUGCUGCCGCCGCUGCUGCUGGCUCUCAGCCUGGGCCUGGCCAGCGCCCAGCAGGCUCUGGGUGAGGUGCCGGUACAGCCCGGCUUUGAUUUGUGGAAGGUGGAGGGACAUUGGUUCACUGUCCAGCUGGCCACCAGCUGCACACACUUGGUCUCCCCGGAGGACCCCCUGAAGCUGUCCCUCCACUCCAUCUGGGCCCGGGACCGUGGAGACCUGGACUUCGAGCUGUUCUGGAAGGGACAGGGUGUGUGUGAAGGAAUGAACAUCACCUUCCACCCAGCCAGGCUGCAGGGCCAGUACCGCGGCUCCUUUGAGGGGAGCCAUGUGCAUGUUCACUUCGUCAGCACGGAAUACACCAACCUCAUCCUUUACAUUUGACAUGAGGAUGCCGAGGUCACCAGCCUGUGGGUGCUGCUGGCGAGGAGCCUGCCCGGGAACCCCUCGUGGCUGCGGAGCUUCAGGGAGGGCGUGGAGUCUCUCUACCUGCACAGAGCUCCGAUCUCCAACAUGGCCGGCCGGUGCCCCCCGCCUGAGCUGGGCUGAGGCUGGUCCCGGCUUCCUGCUGGGCCCCCACCCUGUGCGGCACCCUCAGCUCCUCCUCUUCACCCUCUGCUGGAGCCCUGUCCACUUCACCCCUGCCUUCCAGUCUGGAUCACCAGGUCCUGCCAGCCCACAGCUUGGAAGGGAUCCACCACACUCCCCAAGCUGCCAUGCCUAGAAGAACCCCAGGGACAUUAGGGGGCACAUGACUCCCCAGAAACAUCCAGGAGCUGAGCCCAUGGGGUCUCCCACAGUGUCUUCCUCCCCAGGGUGGCCUCGGAGGGACCUAGAUCUGAUCCUCCAGCCAAGGCGUAGAGCUCCGGAGCCCACAAGAGCCCCACCCUGUGCAUCUGGCCCUGCUCCAGCCAGGCAGGCCUGGAAAAAUGGGGUCAGACACGCGAUGCUUCCAUCCAGAGGCCCCAGACAGGCCUGGCCAGAUGCCCAGCCCAGGAAACAUCCCGCAGAGCCUGAGGAGUGAGGCGCCCCGGCCAACGCCCUUCCACCACCAAGCCUGGCGAGGUAGACUUGACCCAGUUAGGCCCGCCGGCCCCGUGUGGGCCGUCACCUGAGGGUGACUCAGAACUGCAGGCAAGCACGGUUACAAAACAGACAGGGAGCACCCUGGCUUCCCCACGAGCCCGCAGCCCCGGGAAAACGCAAAAUCGAGCAGGCAGCAGACAAAAGGCCAGCUCAGAACCCACAGGCGCCCUGGCCGGGAGGAGAGGGCAAUGGUCCUCAUCCAGGGCCAGAGGGCGCGGGGGUCGGGAGUCCAGUCCCCUCUGCUGCCGCUGCAGAAACAGAGCAACACGAAUAAAUGCAGAUAAACACGCCAUCUCUGUUUCGUCCACAGGAUCCCAAAGAUUCAAUAGCCCUUGAGUUCAUCUGCACCUCGCAGACAAUCACACCCAUGCUUGGUGGGAGAACUUUCUCCCAGGCUACAAACCUGGAUCCCAAUUCACAUAAGGAAUGAAAGCAGUGAAAUGUUUUAUUAAG